AGUUAGCUUCGCUCACUAUUUCUUGACACUUCGUUUGCUACCUUUAGCUUCCGUAUGCUGGAAGUUGCUGCUGACCACGUUAUAACAGCCGACUAGGAACCGAGAUUGGCUCGUUUCUUUCAGAAUCGCGUCCCCCCGCGCCCAGUUGCGCAUUACAUUCCGUACCAAUUUCGCAAGACAACCUAUCGUACACUUUCGUUUUGCAGUCUCUUCUAUCGUGCAUCCAGAUUCAGCAUUGCCAGAUUUGACAACCUUUUUUUCAUAACUUCCAUUCACGCCAGUCCAGAUAGUCGCAUCUUCGUCGACUCGUUGGUUUACUUCUUAGUCUCGACGAUUGUCGAUGGCGUCCGUCAAGUCCCAUUCCAAGGUCGUUUCCAUCGGAAGGACUCCGUUAGUGCAUCCGCUGGACCCGCUGAGCCCCGCGGAGGUAUCUGUCGCCGUCGCUACCGUCCGCGCUGCUGGCGCUACCCCCGAGCUGCGCGACGCCAUGCGGUUUAUCGAGGUGUCCCUUAACGAGCCUCCCAAGGACGUGGUCGCGCUAGCAGACGCCUACUUCUUCCCGCCCUACCAGCACUCCGUCUACAUACCACCGCCCCCUAAUCCCCUUCUCCCUCCGAGCAAGGCGUUUCCUCCUCCUCCCAGCAGCACCCACCCUGCUUCCACUUCCUCCUCCUUAUCCCCCUCUUCCUUAGUCGCUUCCCCCUCCGCCUCCUCCCCCUCCCCCAAGGCGUCUGUUCUCCGCCUCCCUCCCCGCGAAGCUAGGCUGGUGACGUGGAACAAGCUGACCAAUCAGACGGCGGUGUGGGUGGUGGAGUUGGCGGAGGUGCAUGCUAGUCUAAGGGGGGGGCACCACCGGGGACGAGUCAAAUCGUCCCACGUCAUGGAGGACGUUCAGCCGCCCAUGGACGCUGUGGAGUAUGCAGAGUGCGAGGCAGCAGUGAAGGCGCACCCGCCAUUUCAGGAGGCGAUGAGGCGGCGAGGAGUGGAUGACAUGGAACUAGUCAUGGUGGACGCAUGGUGCGUGGGCUAUUUCUCAGAAGCAGACCACCCCUCUCGCCGCCUCGCCAAGCCGAUCGUCUUCUGCCGCUGCCCCUCUGACUGCUCCCUGGACAAUGGAUACGCCAGGCCUGUUGAAGGAAUUUACGUUACUGUAGACAUGCAGACCAUGGCAAUUAUCAAGUGCGAAGAUCAGGAGCUCAUCCCCCUGCCGCCUCCCGACCCCCUGCGCAACUACACUCCAGGGGCGGACAGGGGGGGCGUUGACCGCAGCGAUCUGAAGCCGAUUAAGAUCGAGCAGCCAGACGGACCAAGCUUUAGAGUGGCUGGAUACGCCGUGGAGUGGCAGAAGUGGAGUUUCCGUGUUGGGUUUACCCCCAAGGAGGGCCUGGUGCUGCACUCGCUGGCAUACGACGACGGCAGCAGCGGCAGGAGGGGCAUCGCCCACAGGCUGAGCUUCUGCGAGAUGGUGGUGCCAUAUGGCGACCCCAAUGACCCGCACUACAGGAAGAACGCGUUUGACGCCGGGGAGGAUGGGUUGGGGAAGAACGCCCACUCGCUAAAAAAGGGCUGUGACUGUUUAGGGUUGAUCCGGUACUUUGAUGCGCACAUGAGCAACUUCAUCGGGGGCGUUGAGACCAUAGAGAACGUGGUGUGCAUGCACGAGGAGGACCACGGAAUGCUGUGGAAGCACGUGGACUGGCGCUCAGGGCACGCUGAAGUGCGGCGGUCCAGGAGACUGGUCCUAUCCUUUGUGUGCACAGUGGCGAACUACGAGUACGGCUUCUUCUGGUACCUCUACCAGGACGGCAAGAUCGAGGCUCAGGUGAAGCUAACCGGCAUCUUAUCUGUCGGUGCUGUAAGGGACGGAGAGGAGCGCAAGUACGGCACGUUGCUGGCGCCCGGUCUCUACGCCCCCAUCCACCAGCACUUCUUCGUUGCACGUAUGGACAUGGCUGUGGACUGCCGACCGGGGGAGAAGAGCAACCAGGUGGUGGAGCUGAACGUGAGGAUGGAAAAGGAGGGCCCCCACAACCCGCAUGCCAAUGCCUUCUAUGCGGAGGAGAGGGUGUUGCGCACCGAGGGGGAGGGCAUGAGGGAUGUGGACCCCCUGGCUGCUCGCCACUGGCUGGUUCAAAACACCCGGGCAGUCAACAGGGCAGGUCGCCCCACGGCCUACAAGCUCGUGCCUGGAUCCAACUGCCUGCCCUUCGCGCAGCCCGAGGCGAAAUUUCUCCGCCGGGCAGCGUUCCUGAAGCACAACCUGUGGGUCACGCCGUACCACCCGGAGGAACGGUUUCCGGGUGGCGAGUUCCCGAACCAGAACCCUAGGGUCGGCGAAGGGCUGCCGUUGUGGGUGCAGCAGAACAGACCCAUUGACAAUGCAGACGUGGUGCUUUGGUAUGUGUUUGGGCUCACUCAUGUCCCACGACUGGAGGAUUGGCCCGUCAUGCCCUGUGAAUACCUCGGCUUUUGCCUCAUGCCCCAUGGUUUCUUCAACAUAUCGCCUGCUGUUGAUGUUCCUCCUAGUGAGCCCGAGAGUCCAGCUGAAACGGGUGCUUCUGUUUUAGUUCCGACCAAUAGCAGCGGAAAUAGCUGUUGCACUAGGACACCUGAUGCUGCCCUUCCAUCAAAGCUCUAAAGGUGUACUCUCACCAUUCUUUUGUAGAUGUUAUAUCUAUUCUACUGUGCGUUUCAAGGUGUACCACGUUUUAAAGAUGCCAUGAAGAAGAACGCUGAGCUGUUCUGUUGUGUUUCGUAACGAGGCUUCUUAUGUCGGGUCAUUGCCUCCCUCUU